UUUUAAGUGGGUUUGUAGUUUUGGUUUCCUGUUUAUAGUUUUCAAAAUAAAGUGUUACAGGUUUAAGGAAAUAAACUUCUGGUUCACAAUAUGACAUAUACAGACUCAACACAAAACAGACUGAUGCACGUGCACGGCAGUUGUGUUCCGGCGGCGCGUUUUUACGCACAGCUUCUCCGCGCGUGUCAUCUGAUGCGAUUAUCAUCAGACCUCCCGUCGUGAUUAUGUCAUCGGCACGGGUAUUAGUUUGACAUUUAAAUGCUUUCGGAAAGUCUUGAGACCUUGACUGCAUCCACGCAUCAGAGAUACAGUAGGCAACAGCUGGUGUUUUUACUACAAAAGUUGAAAUCUGAAGUUGAAUGAUGAAACUCUCGGGAUUUAUUUUGUGGAUGUGUGCAACCAGCAGAAUCCUGUCCGCAGCAUUACUAUCAACACUGUCGAUCAAAAAGUGUGAGGUCCUGGAGUACACCAGUAUCACGUGUUACUGGGAAACAACUAACCAUACAGUUGACCACAGCAGCUACAGACUUCAAGUUAACAAAACGGAUUGUGAUAGUAGCUUCUUCUCAGAGGGCCUGUGUGACACCAGAGGAUCUCAUUGCUCCAUACAGCCGAUUAAUUCUGCUUUCCACUGUUUCUGUGCGGAUGUGCUGGCGGUCACAAGCGAUGGAUCCAUACGGUCACCACACUUCUGUUUCAAUGGCAUCAAUCAAGUCAAACUUCAUCCUCCAGCAAUAACGCAUCUCGGCCCAGCGGCAGGGCGAUCCGACUGUGUGCAGAUGGGCUGGAAAAUGCGAUACACCCUCCCUAAUAGUGAGAAAUCCUUCAGAUGGCUCCAAAUGGAGUACACGACACAUGAGCAGACUUGGUCACAAACUUUUCAAGCAUAUGCCAAGGACAGGAUGGAGCUAUGUGAUUUAUACCCGGGGUCCAGAUACACAGUGAAGCUGAGAGCUCAGGACAGUCGAGCACCCACUCACUGGAGCUCAUGGACGUCCAAAGACUUCAUGACUGUAGAAAAAGCCCCAUCUGCUGCUCCUCGACUGUGGAGACACAUAAGACCAGCAGAAGAAACAAGAAAGAGACAGCUUAGCCUGCUUUGGAAGCCUCUCUCCUGGCCUGAAGCGAAUGGUGUCGUGCUCAGUUACACAGCAUCAUGCCGCAGUGUUGUGGAUUCAUCGCAGUGGACCUGCGGCAAUCUGGAUUCCUCCAAAACCUCCUGUGACCUCACUGUGUCUCUGAAUGCCUGUAACUGUAGCCUGACAGCUGUUAACUCAGCUGGGACUUCACCUCCAUCCUAUAUCUAUAUACCAGGACACACGGAUAAAAAACUCCCACCUCCUACAAGUAUCAGCGUCAUCUCAUUGGAUGAUACCCGACUAAAGCUGGAAUGGACAACUGCACCGAACCAAUCAGAGACCGGCUUUGUGGUGCAGUGGAUUUAUAUACUUCACAAUGAAACAACGGGUCUGCACUGGCAACACUUAAAUGAAACAUCGAGAAAUUUUAUUCUCACAGGUCUGCUGCCUGAAGUCCCAUAUAAUCUUUCAGUUAUGAGUCUAUACGAGGGAAUAGCAGGAGGUGACACAUCUCUCAUUGCUUUCACACGAGAAGGAGCGCCCUCUAUUGGCCCAGAGCUGACAGUGCUUAAGACCAGUGGCAAAACUAUUCAUCUACAAUGGGAUCCUGUACCUAUAGGGAAACUACAUGGCUUCAUCAAAAACUACUCCGUUCUGUACAGCAUUAAUGGCAAAGACAAAAGAGAACAGGUAGGGGGCGAUGUUGAGCAGAUCUAUCUGAAUGGAUUAAUGGAAGGAACCUACAACAUCUGUGUAAUGGCUCACACUGUAGCAGGGGGCGCCGCUGGGCCGUGGCAGAUGGUGGCUUUGGGGUAUGAUGAUGUACAAGUCAUCCCAAUACUGAUGUGUGCGCUACUACUGAUCUUUAUCACUCUAAUACUCCCCGUAUGCAUGAGUGUGAGGAUUAAACGGUGCUUGUAUCCGACCAUCCCAGACCCAUCUAAAAGCACCAUGUCUGCUUGGUCCAACUGGAAACCAGGUCAGAACACCUCAUCCACCGUGAGCUCUUUCUUCUCUAACGGUCAAACCACACAUUACAGCGGUUACAGUGAGAAAGACUACAGCCCAGUUCAAGUGCUGAGUCCCCAAGCUGUUGGACGUACAACUGACAAGAUGGCCCAACCCAACAUUUGCAACUACACGUCGAUGAAAACGACAGAGGAACCAAAACCAAAUCUCCAAGUGGAUUUCAUCAACCAAAGCUACAUCAGACCAGACCAAAUCAUGUCUGAUUGUUAUCAAGAUGGCUGUCAAUCAUUGAAUGAACCGUUUCUACAUACGGUGCUCAGCUACCAAAGCGUUCCAACGGCACAGGAAAAACUAUGUGAUUACAUCCACGUGUCCCAGAGCUCCUUGUCUAGUGUUACAAUCGUGGAUUCGUACAGGACUCUUGCUUUUGAUGAAUGUCCACGCGUUUUCCAGGGUUUACCGGAGGACCAUGGCACGUAGUUCAGCAGAACAGUGCAUACAUGAACCAAUAGGAAAAGAUUAUAUUGGAUAAGAUGUUCCUUUUGACCCUGACCUUUAUAAUCUCACAAUUUAGGCCUGCCAAAAUAAUCUCCAAACACUGGAUGGAUUUUGGCAAACAGGCUUGGGUUGCGUGAGAAACAAAAUGUGCAAGGAACCAAAAAUAAGGUCUAUCAUCAAUAUUUCAAAUCCAACACAAAAGUAUAGCCUACUCUGCUAACUGUUUUGUAGGUGUGCACUUCAAGCUUUCUUGAUUAUAAUAGGAGCGAUUAAUGCCUUCUUUAUGAGUGUGUUGGUGCGCGAGGUGACAAAGACAUCUGCGCAGUUUGGUGGCAGUGUGCACCGGGGAGUAGCCGGCAUUUUAAACGUGAGGAGAUAAGGACAUGUAUAUGUAUAUAGUAAAGCUAAAUAAAGUAAACUGACAUAUUAGACUCCAACACAUUCUUUAUAAAGUGGUCUACCAGUAAAAUUUAGGACCAACAAUUAUUCAGACACUUCGACCUGACCAUGUUUUGCUUAAAGUGUUUUUUCUUUAAUUCAAGGUGAACUUGUUCUGAAAAAUAAACUGUGAAAUGUGUGAAGGUGUCUGAAUACAUUUUGGUUUUACUGUAUACAUGUAGAUACUGUACAGGACUUACCCAUAAGGCAAAGGGGCCCCCCCAAAACACAGGUGUGAUAUCUGAAUUAUAUUUCAUUGGCUGUUCUAUUUAUUCAUAUUUUGUAAAUUUCAGUAAAUCCACAUGGAAGUUUUAAUGUUAUUAUUACAUCUGCGUGAAUGCGCCCCUUUAUAUUUUAGAGAUGAUCAUUCCUUGUGAAACGGUUCAACAUUUGUAUAAUAAGAGAUAUGCACAAAGAUACAGAUAUUUGUAAUGUUGUUUUGUUGUUGUUGUUGUUUAAAUAUAAUAGUGUGUUAAAGGUCGCGUUCUUUCUGUGAUUUUGAAGCUUUGAUUGUGUUUACAGUGCGCAAUAUAACAUGUGUUCAUGUUUCACGAGUAAAAAACAUGAUAUUUUUCACACAAUUUACUUAUCUCUAUAGCGUUGUUUUCACCGUCCUCAAAACGAGCUGAUGUCUUCCUUUUUCUAUGAAGUCCUUCAGAAAUACGUAUCGAGUUCUGAUUGUGUAGUUUGUUUAGUGUGUUGUGAUUCGAUAGCAGCUUAGCAGAGCCGUUAGCUUAGCUGCCGACUGAUGUAUUCCUGUGGGCGGAGUUUAGUCAAAAACUGUUCUACUGACAUCAUUAAAGCAGGAAGUAGAGCACUGUAGUCCAAACCGUCCGUUAUGCCGUAGGCUUUGAAAGAUGAAUUCUGUUAAAGAAAAUAUAUCGCCUGCAGUAAACUUUGAGCUUUAUCAUUUUACAAGUAUUAUUUAUGCUAUUAUAGCAGCAUUACACUCUAAGUCAAGUUUGAAAAAUGGGAUCAGAAAGAAUGUGACCUUUAAUAAAAACAAGUUUGAGAUUGUAGAAAUUUGUUCAUUUAAAAAACAGCAGAUGACUCUGAGCCAAAUCCACACCAAAGUCAGUGGCUCCGGUGCAGAUCUGGUGCGGAUCCAGCCUGGAGUCGUCUUAAAGAUACUUAAAUAAAUAUUUUUAAAUGCAUGUUUACCUGUCCCAUUACUUGUUGCUGUAAAAUAAUAGUGGGUUAAAGGAUAUUUCCGGUAUUUAGCACUUUGAGUCUCAUUUCUGUUUUGUUUUGGAUGAACUACAGUGAUGGACACUGAAAUUUUGACAAUUCUUGCACGCAGCAGGCGUUUAAGAAAAAGUGAUGGGAGGCCUGUGCCAGGACAACUUUAUGUAUACUGUAGCAAUGCCACUGCUGACAAUGAUAAAGAUGACAGCUCAAAUGAAUGAACCUCCAGAGAUGUCUGACCGAUUCUUAAGAGAUACAGAAUGCUCCUUUAGCUUAAAAAUAAAACUCAUACACUUAUCACUCAUAUGCUAAUUUUGUUUUCUAGAAUAAUCAUAAAGUUUGUCAUCAAGUAAAUCAUUCAUCCUUUAAUCUAUAGAGUUAUUCAGUGGAUAUUCUUUCUUUUUUAGCUUCUGAUACAUUAACAAAAGAAUGCGGAAAACUCCAUCCCAUGUCUUCCCACAUAACCGUGUAGUAAGACUGGCUUACCCUUCCCAGAGAAAUCCAGUACAAGUGGGCUUUAUCCUCAUUUAGCUCACAUUUAGUUAUAGGACGAUCUAGUGGACACAUCAAUUCAUCAACUCUUCUUUAUGUGGUCAUGAAUAUUCCUAUAAUCCCUUGGCGACAUUCCGAACGCUUCCAUUUUUUUCCUGUGGCUGCAUGAGAACUCUUUCGGUCUCAGUCCAGCUAUUCAUAUCGUUGCCCCCUGAUCUCUUCAUAAAAUCCUUCACACUCCUGUUUGUGGCCCUUUAAGCUCCGUAUACACAGGCACACAGUGGCCUUUAAAGCCUAUAAUUGAUCUCUAAUUGAAAUCUGAAACAGUGUAACUAAUGAGGCUUGUUGCACAAUGGCUCUGAUACCGAGUGAAUGGGGAGAUUACUGUAUGGUCACGUUGCAUGGGACUUGUGUUAUAACUGUAUACACUGUACAUAUUUUAUAUGAAAUGCACACAGAGACAAAAUAAAAA